CCGGCGCUGCGCAUGCGCAUGCGCGGCCCCACCCCUUCAGCGGAAGAAUCAGCCUAGUCAACGUUGAGGCUUUUGCUCGUCUCCUUUUCCAUAAAAAGGGAGCGGCGGCUCCGCGCGGGACUGUGAAAAUGAUUUGGGUGGAAGUGUCUGGGUAUGAGGAGUUCAUGAAGGCGGUGAAUUCCAACAAGGACAAGACGAUCUUUGCGUAUUUCACCGGCACGAAAGAUGCCCAGGGAAUGAGCUGGUGCCCAGACUGUGCGACAGCUGAACCAAUAGUCCGUGAAGAACUGAGUAAGCUGCCCGAAGACUCUGUCUUCAUCUACUGUCAAACUGGUGACAGGCCACACUGGAAGAAUCUUGAAAAUGACUUUCGAGUAAAACUGAAAGUGAAUGCUGUACCAACUCUCAUGAAAUAUGGCACACCCCAAAAGCUGGUAGAAGAGGAGCUAUUUAAGCCUGAGCUUGUGCAAAUGCUGUUCACGGAAAACUGAAACUUCCUUUUUAUUUGUUACACUAUCUUCAAUGCCCAUGUCCAUAGAACAUGCCUAGCUUUAUAUUUGAGAUUGUUUUCCACUAAAGCAAGGAUACAAAGUCAAACUGAAUGACAUUCCUUUCUAAUUUGACUUUAAAUCUUUUGUAAUCAUAAAAAUGUGAUUGGCAGCCCUUCCCAGGCUUGAGGGUGUUUUCAGGCAGUCGUGGCAUUGAUUUAUGCUUAAAAUUGUUCUUGGAUCCUUGAGUAUAAUUCAUGGGAGGAAAAGUAAAAAUGUAAUUCUAUUUAAAUUUGCAGUAUGCCAUCCUGGGAAUGAAUUAGGUACUUGAUUUUCCUGAUAAUGUCUUACAAUUUCUUAGCCCGCAGUAUAUUUUAAUAUUUGGAUAAUUACUGUUUGGAAACGUGUCUUUUUCCAUCUUGAAUAAUUUUCAGAAUGGAAUUGUGUCAACUAAUAAAAAUGUAGAUCUGAAAUAAAGAAUUACUUUGAAUUGUA